AUUUGUGAGUGACAAGUUUGGAAACGGUUACGCUGGACAGGUCAGAGAUACGGCUGCCAAGAUGAAGAUCCCAACGUUCACUUUCUCGUUGGUGCUUUUUGCCAUCCAAGUUGCUCUGCUUAUCAUCUACGCUACAUCAGUUGAUUAUGAGGCAUACUCCUCGGGAGCUAUCACUGGCUAUUAUCCAGAAUUCCAAGAUGUGCAUGUGAUGAUCUUCAUUGGCUUCGGAUUUUUGAUGACUUUCCUUAAGAAGUAUGGCUUUGGCUCAGUUGGGUACAACAUGAUCAUUGCCGCCACAACCAUACAAUGGAGUAUGGUUAUAACCGCUUGGCUCGCACAGGCCGCUGAUGGCACGUCAGGGAAAAUCAAAUUGGGCGUUAAAAAUCUGAUAACGGCCGACUUCAAUGCUGGUGCUGUAUUGAUCACAUUUGGAGCAGUUCUUGGAAAAACAAGUCGCUUGCAGCUCAUUUUGAUUGCUGUCAUUGAAACAGUGAUAUACGCUGUGAACGAGAUGGUUCUCAUGCACUAUCUCAAAGUCACCGAUGUUGGGGGCUCUAUGGUGAUUCACAUGUUUGGAGCUUAUUUUGGUUUGGCUGUGGCAUUUGCCCUUAAAAGGGAUGACUUGGAAGACGAGGCCAGUGCAAAAGAGGGCUCAACUGUUACUUCAGAUCUUUUCUCCAUGGUUGGUACAAUUUUCUUGUGGCUUUAUUGGCCAAGUUUCAAUGGCGCGAUGCUUGGACCUGGAAAUCAACAAUCUCGAGCUUUUGUGAACACUUAUAUCUCAUUGGCCUCUUGCUGCGUAGCUACCUUCGUCGUCUCUCCUUUGGUAAACGAGAAACAGAAACUGAACAUGGUUCACAUCCAAAAUGCAACCCUCGCUGGUGGAGUGGCUGUUGGUGCUGCCGCAAACUUGAACUUGCAGCCGUGGGGCGCAAUGCUUGUUGGAAUUAUUGCCGGCCUUUUGAGCACUCUUGGCUUUCAGUACAUCACGCCAUUUUUGCACGACAAAAUCAAACUGCAUGAUACGUGCGGUGUUCACAAUCUUCACGGCUUGCCAGCAAUAUUCGCCGGAAUUGUUGCCUCAGUUGCAUCUGCGGUCGCAGAUCUCGAUGAUUAUGGCACCGACUUGUACAGUAUCUGGCCAGCUCGAAUCCCAAAAGUGGGUACUGCUGAAUUCAGCAAAGUAAACAUGACGUCAUACAGAAGUGCAUUGACCCUGGAUGGGAAAGGAAGAUCCAAAUCCGAGCAAGGAGGUUAUCAGUUCCUCGCAGUCGUUGUCACAUUAGGAUUGGCAAUCGUCGGUGGAUAUAUCACAGGGUUCAUUGUUUCACUGCUUGAUACUCCAAAAGCCAGGCAAGUGUUCGACGACGAAGCCUUCUGGGAUGUUCCUACUGAUGACGCCGGCAUCCAGCUUGUAAAGCACACCGCCAGCUUCAACGGAAACCAAAUUGAGCUCGCUAUUACUAAUGGGGACGAAGAAGCCCCAACCAAUGCUUGAGACUUUCAGGUUUUUUCACGAUUAAAGACUUGCCUUUUGGCUGUUUAUGCUAUCGAUAUCGUAUAAGAAUAUUUUAGCACAUUCUAAGGAAUUUAACCAGUAUCUGAUUAUCUCUGAAUGUAAGCAAGUAUAAUAAAUAAAACUCUGUUAAACUUUGUUGUUAUGUGGUAGUCCGGAAGAGCACUCCCAUCAAGGUCUGACAAAGAGUCUAGUUAGGGCCAAAGAGGGCCAAAGGUAAGAUUAUUUCGACAACCCUCAAACAAGGUUGUGUGUUUCUUACAAUUACCCUCAAAUGUUAGCAUGUUUGAUUAAGAGCCAAAGGUAUGCCAUUUGCAGGAAUACUUGCACAAAGAAACAAAUAGAAGCGCCCCCUUAAUGGUAGAAACUACUUACACUACCGCCAAAAAGUAGUAUAAAUACUUUGGUAGCCAUUUCAUAAAACCCUGAAACCGACCGAACCUCCCUGCUAAGCUAUACUUGGAGUGAACCCCCCCGGAUCUUGUAGACACUCAUUUCUGUUCUUCUUUAGCCCCGUUAUUGAGAUCUGUUUUCAGCGGAUUACCCUUACACUCGCCGUACCCCACUUUCACAAUAAAUUCUAUGUAUUUUCUUUCCUAACCCAUUGUCCUUUCAGUAUGUAUCAAAAGACCCUGUUGGUGGAGUAAAGCUGUCUUGCUUUCAUAGUGAGUACAAGCUCGUAUCAUACGUCUGUAUAAAACCGUAAAAACGUAUCCAUAUUGUAUCAUCCUUUUUUUAUUGUGGUAUUCACCGAUAUCAUUACAUGCAGUUAAUCUCCUUAUCAA